AUGGAAAAGAAUGAGAAUGAAUAUCUGAAAUAAAUACAGAACAAAAUAUAGUACUAUUAGAAGUAGUUGACAAGCUUGCAACAAUUUAAAGGAAUCAAUUAUGAUUUGAAAUAGAAACAAAAGGAAAAGUAUCAGUGUCAACUAGACGAGUUACACAACAUAGAGGAAAUUUGCUAACGUUCAGAUAAAUUCUCAGAAUAGUUGAAAAGCCUCUUUUACGUGUGCUUACAUUAUCAUUAUUUGCAAAACAUAUUUGUUUCCCAGGAGGUCAAGUUAGAAGAAAUCCUAGAAAUAUUUAAAAUGGUCUUUUUCAAUCUACAAACUACUACAAACAAAGAUUAAAAAGUACUUCAAUUUUGUGUAUAACAUUAUAAAUCCUUGCAAAAGAGCAAAGAGCAAUCUAAUCAUUCCAAAAAUUUAUCAAUAGAUACAAAAUCCCAAACCUCAGGAUAUUCCAGAGGAGGUGUUGAAAAUAAGACACCCUCCAGAAGUACUACGCCAAAAAGACAAUAAAUGUGCAAUAAAAGCAUCGUUGAAUUAUCGACUCCCUAAUUAAAGAAUUACUAUACUUAGAUGCUUAAAAAAAUUAAUGUAAAUAAUCCAAGACCUUCAAUAGAAAAAAGUCCUUCCAUACAGAAAGAAAAGGAUAAAACCAAUUUUAGAGUUUGA